UCCCUGCUCCUCACUCUCUUCUCUGUGUCGCCUCCAGCCACAGCAGAAACACAGCAUCCAUCAUGACCUCCACCUUCAUCUCCCGCUCCAUACGCUCCUCAGCCGGCUCCGGCGGCUCCAUGAUCGGUUUUGGAGGAGGUGCAGGUUUCUCCUCAAUGAGGGCUGGCAGCGUGUAUGGAGGGGCUGGAGGCUCGGGGGUCCGCAUCUCCUCCGCCUCCUCUUCCCUGGGUGGUGGAAGCUUCUCUAUGGGUAGUGGUGGAGGUUUCUCCUCCAUGGGUGGUGGUGGAGGAGGCUUCUCUUCCCAGAUGAGCUUCAGUGCGUCUGGCAUGGAGGACAGCUUGGUCGGGAAUGAGAAGUUCACCAUGCAGAACCUGAAUGACCGCCUUGCCACCUACCUGGAGAAGGUGCGGAAGCUGGAGAAGGCCAAUGCUGAACUGGAGGAGAAGAUCAGGGACUUUGUGGAGAGCAAGGUGGGGCCCUCCACCCGGGACAACAGCAGCUUCUUCAGCUCCAUCAGUGACAUCACUGAGAAGAUCCAGGAGGUCCUCAUGGUUAAUGGAGAUGUCCACCUGAGCAUUGACAACGCUCGCCUGGCUGCAGAUGACUUCAGGACCAAGUACGAGAACGAGCUGGCCAUGCGUCAGUCGGUGGAGGCCGACAUUGCCGGACUCAGAAGGCUCCUGGAUGAGUUGACUCUGUCCAAGUCAGACCUGGAGAUGCAGAUCGAGGGUCUGAAGGAGGAGCUGAUCUACCUGAAGAAGAACCACGAGGAGGAACUAGUUUCCACACGCACUCAGAUGAGCGGUCAGGUCCACGUGGAGGUGGAAGCUGCCCCAGCCCAGGACCUCACAAAGGUCAUGGAGGAGAUCAGGGAGCACUACGAGGCCAUCGCCGCCAAGAGCCAAAAAGACCUGCAGGCCUGGUUCCAGACCAAAACAGAGACUAUGAACAAAGAGGUGGUCUCUCAGACGGCGACCCUGCAGGAGUCCAGGGGCGAGGUGACGGAGGUGAAACGAACGCUCCAGUCUCUGGAGAUCGAGCUGCAGACCAUGCUGGGAAUGAAAGCAUCACUGGAGGCGACCCUGGCUGAGACUCAGAACACAUACUCCAUGCAGCUGUCCGGGUACCAGAUGCAGGUGACAUCUCUGGAGGAUCAACUGGUGCAGCUGAGAGCCGACAUGGAGCGACAGUCCCAGGAAUACCAGAUGCUGCUGGACCUGAAGACCCGACUGGAGAUGGAGAUAGCACAGUACAGACGGCUGCUGGACGGGGAGGGAGGCGGCAGCUCCUCCUCCACAAUCCGGCAAGUGAUGACUGUGGUGGAGGAGACCAUCGAUGGAAAGGUGAUCUCCUCUUCAUCUUCAUCGACCUCUUCCUCGGUGACUCACUGAGGCAGCCAAUGAGCUUCUUCUCUGUUCACCGACCUGAGAAUAAAAUGAGAGUCCACAUCA